UUUACAUGCAGGGUAUGUAUCGGUCAAAUAAUUCAUCUAGCAUUUUCCCAGAUUGAAUCAGGCAAGCCAGAUGGUUCUUCAAAACGACACAGUGAACAGAGCACAACACUGAACAGAGAAUCAGCUCAGAGCCAUAGAAGAAAACAAGAAUGAGCAGCGGCGCUGGGCAAGUGGCGUGCGUAACCGGCGCUUCCGGUUACAUUGCUUCCUGGAUCGUCAAAUUUCUUCUCCAUCGUGGUUACACUGUUAAGGCCACUGUUCGCGACCCAAAUGAUCCCAAAAAGAUAAAUCACUUGCUUAAGCUUGAUGGUGCCAAGGAGAGAUUGCAUCUUUGCAAGGCGAAUCUUCUAGAAGAAGGUUCAUUUGACUCGGUCGUUCAAGGUUGUCACGCUGUGUUUCACACUGCUUCUCCCUUUUAUCACGAUGUCAAGGAUCCGCAGGUUGAAUUGUUGGACCCCGCAGUGAAGGGGACUCUCAAUGUUCUGAAAUCGUGCGUGAAAUCGCCAGCAUUGAAACGCGUCGUUUUAACCUCUUCUAUCGCUGCUGUUGCGUACAACGGAAAGCCUCGAACUCCUGAUGUAGUGGUUGACGAAACAUGGUUUUCCGAUCCAGAUUUCUGUAGGGAGUCACAGAUGUGGUAUACACUUUCAAAGACUUUGGCUGAAGAUGCUGCCUGGAAAUUUGUAAAAGAAAACAACAUUGACAUGGUUACAAUUAACCCAGCAAUGGUUGUUGGACCUCUCUUGCAACCAGUCCUUAAUACCAGUGCUGCUUCAAUUUUAAAUGUAGUUAAUGGUAAUUACUAUUUAUAUAUUAUGCUGAAAAAAUUAUAGAUUUGCUUUGUCUGCAUUUUAUUGUACAAUGUAUUUUG